AUGGAAAAUUUUAUCAAAAUAAACGACACGCUAUUUCUGGACCUGAAUAACUAUCAUGAGCAAGUAGAUGAAACAGAAGACUUAAACAUUUUCGAGGCCAACCAUGUGGAAGGAGGCGCAAAUUACCAACAUGACGCAGAAACCAGCUGCAAACUUGAAAUAAAGCGCUAUGUGGACAUUUUUGUCGAGCUGGUAAAGGAUAAACAUGUCAGUUAUGACAUUUCUAAAAAGUUUAAGGACAGCAACUUAGAUAUUAUUAGGAUCAUUCAAGCUAUUAAUAAUUCCCAUGUGAAGGGGGAGGAAUUACAUUUCGCAAGGUUGAUGAUGAUUAUAUGCUUGAAGAAUUACAUUUCUCAUUACGUAAAUAAAUAUCUAAAGAAUAUCAUAAAAGAUUAUGAGAAGAGUAAAUACAAAAAAGAAGUUAAAAACUUCAACUGUUUGAUAUAUAGCAAAGGCAGUGGAGAGGUACGCAAGGACACGUGGACUAGCCGCCAUCAGGAAUGGGAAGACAAGACUUAUUCAGACAAUGCAGGUGCCAACUUUCUGUUCAUUAAAUUUUUAAGUGAAGAUAUUUGCAAAAAUUUUGAGUUGCUCGAAAAUGGCGAGAAUACCUCGAAACAUAUUAGCGAAAAAGAAUGGGCAUAUUUGAAAGAUAAAAUUUUGCUCCUAAUUAAAAAUUCAUGUGUAAUUAACUGUAAUGAAAACAAAAAGUUUUCCAACCUGGUGGAGUUCAUUAACAAGAAUAUGUAUAGAUCUUUUAAAAGGCACAAAAGCAUUGUAGAAAUGAAGAAGUUUAACAUAUGCUUAUAUUUCAUUGACAUCUUUUUUAACUUAUUUUUGAUAGAUUACCCCUUCAAGUGGGGAAGUUUACUAGGUGAUAUUUUCAGCACCUUUCAUUUUAUUUCUAUUUAUAAUAGUAACGACUUGAUGAAUGUGAUAAACGGUGACUACAACUCGACGUUGAGUUGCUUAACCAAUUUGAUGAAGUUCGAUGCUGCAGCUAGCCAAAUGGAGAAUAUGAAAGAAGGGGGGAAUAACGAAGAAAACAACACACACCGGGUGGUCAUACACUUUCAGAAUUUCUACUCCCUCAUGUUUAUAAUGAACAAAAUGGUGAAGAAGUACAUCCCAAAGACGCAGAACAACAAUUCCUAUUCUGUACUAUAUCACAGCUACUUCAUCUCGCAUAUAAAUAGUAGCAAUAAGGACUUUCUAGAAAACGGAGAAUAUAGCUCUUUAAGAAUACCAUGUGAAAAUUUAUUAUCCGGGUUUAAGGACAUAAUAAAGAUAUUCUUCCCCAUUUUUAACCGAUUGCUAUGUACUUUGUUGAAUUACAUGGAGAGUAUAUACGUGGUGUUUAUGGUGAAGAAGAUGGUGAAGUUUUUAUAUAAAACUUUGCUGUGCCAUUUUAGUAUCUUGCCAGAAGAGUUAAUCAAGAACGAACUUGAAAUAUUAUUUACAAAUAUAGUUAACAUAUUGGACAUUGAUUUGGAUGCUUAUGUACAUAAACUUUAUUUUACUAACACGAGUGAGUCGUGUGCUAAGGGGACAAUAUCGGUUGCCAAAAUAACGGAAGAAACUUCCUAUGAAAAUCUAAGCGAACUUAUUCAUAACAAAGACCAUAAUAUAGAUAGGUUAUUUUUAAUGAUCCUUCUGAAGUCGAAAAAGUGGUGUUUAAAAAUUUUAAAUAUGUUUUUGUACAGAUCCAUUUACUUUGACGAAAUGAAUGAGACAUGGAAAGCAUUGCUAAAACAUUUCGAAAAUAAGUACAUAAUAUUCCUUGAAAAAAUUUCCCUUCUCAUUUUGAAAGCUAUUAUCAAUACAAAUUACACGGACGAAGAAAGAAUGCAUUACGACAAAUUGAUCUGCUAUAUUAGAUAUGUGGUAGACUUUACUGAUUAUUUGAAUUUCGCCGAUAAGUGCCUGUCCUUAUCUCUGAAUUAUCUGUGUAUGAUAGUUUCCUUCGACCAUUUGCAGGUGUUCGUGAAGCAGAAUAUUUUGAGUGAGGCUUUUUUAGGAUGUCUAUUCGUGCAUAUUGGCAGUAUUUCCCACGUGGAGUGCGUCGACAAUUUCUUCACGGACGGAUCUGUGCAAAAGGAAGAAAGUUUGCUAUUUGACAAUCUAAAAUUUGAGAGGUACAUUAUUUGCUUUCACAAAAUCCCGCUGUACCGAAAGUAUCUGUCUGACUAUUAUGACGACACGAAAUCGAAGAACGUGUUGAAGAAGUAUGUCAAUUACAUCAUUUUUCUUUUUUGCGAGUUGCUGGAUAAGUAUUUUUACGACGUGAUAUUUUACUUAGACGCAAAUGUGAAGGAGCACUUGCGAACCUGUUUAGUUAUCCAGAACGAGUACAUGCACGUGCUAUAUCCCGACAUGUUUGUGAAGAAGGAGAUGGACUUUUCCAACGACGUCGUGGAGAUUAGCUGCUACAAAAAGAGCGACCUUUUAAUUAACGCAGAGAUGUGCAUGAGAACAAAGAAUCACAACAUAUACAUAAACAGUGUGAUUUCCUGCAUUUCUCAAAUCAUUCAGAAGCACAUGAGGGAAAAUGACAUGCAGGAGAAGGUGGAUCUUUCGUUGUUUUCUUUAUUAAACAGUGACACAUUUAACAGCUUGAUUUUUAUCAUUAAGAAUUUUCCCUUGUAUAAGUAUUCGCAGGAGGAACUAAUUUUCAAAGAUCUGUACAGCAUGCACAAUAAACAUAACUUAAACUUGAGUUGUUUGAUUAUGAACGACAUAAAUUUGUACAAGUACUUUUCCUUGUUUAUGUUUUUAGUGUACUACAAAUGGGUGUUUAUCAUGAGGGUAUUGCGCGGCGUCAUAGACGAAGGGGUGUUACUAGGCGGGGUGGCACCUCCCACAUGUAGCGCGUUUGCUGCGUCUGGUGGGACUGGCGAGUGUGAUGCAUUGCCGACAUGUGUCAUGACCCCCACUUUUGCCGGCUCCCCCUCGAACCAGAAUGGUGGAAGAACAACUCGCGAAACCGAAGACUUAACGAUCGACGACUACAUUGAGGAGUACUGCAAAAAUAAGAAGAAGUAUAAGCAGCACCUUAGUAGUAAUGAAAAGGAAAUCGAAAUGUUUGAUCAGAUUGUGACAGACUUUAAGAUCAGAGAUAAGUCCUUUUUUCUGAACUACAUGCUGGUGAAUAUAUUUCAUCCCUACUCGAAUAACCUAAAGAGAGUAAUAAUGUGGAUGCUAAAGGAAUACAGUAGCAUGACAAAGUUCAGCGAAAAUAUUUUGCAGUUCUUCUUUUACAUGUGCUUUAUAAAUUUGUUCUAUUUUGAGAAGCACUUAAAAUUUAAGUCAUUCGACACGCUUAUUAAUUUAAUGUACAAGUAUGGGAUUCCCAGGCAAAUAUUCUACAAUGAUUUUAGAGAAAUUUUCACAUUUUUAUUCUUCCAACUGCUAAUUCUGUUCAUAAAGAAUGAGUCGAAUUCGCAUGACAAUGAAUUUUAUGAAGACAACGUGAACGUUCUUCUGAGUCAAAAUCAGGAGAAGAGAUAUCUUGUGAGCUAUCUGAAGGGGGAAGAUAGCCCCCUUUUCGAAUACACAUGUGAGAAGGCAAAACUGUGGAGCAGUUAUCUGUAUAACCAAGUGAACUGCUUCACAGACUUUUUUAUCAAUGAUGUGUUGUAUCACAAUUUUCAAUACUAUAUAGAGAAAAUGGAGGUGCGGAAUUUAAACCAGUUUUUGAAUUUUAUAUCGUUAUUUUACCAAAACGAGAUUAACAAUAACAUUUUUUUGUUUAUCAACUUGCUGAACGAGUCGCUGUUGGACACUACUUCGUCGUACAUGUCUGGCAGCGAGAAGGAGCAUUCUUCCUUUUUGAGGGCCUUGAAAUUCUUUUCCUUUUUUCUGGAACAUUACAAAAACGCUAGCAGUACACAGGAUGUGCUCAUAAUCAAAAUACUACAGGGCGAAAAAUUUAUCGCCUACUUUAAGAAUAUAGUGAGGACGGUGAAGAAGAAUCAGGUGUGUGAAGAAAUACUAAACGAGAUAUACUACAUACUACACAUUUUUACGAAGAAUUCUUUAUUCAAUUAUAAAAUAUUUUGGUUUUAUUUUUUGUAUUCUGUGGCGUGCAUUUCAAAAAGUUUGAAUGUAUUUCAGCUGAGGGAGGUAACCAAGUUGGAAAAGGUAGCGAACAUUCCUGUGUACCUAUUUCAAUUUUUCAGCAAUGUGAUAAGGAGAGAUGUUCUUUACUUCUUCUUUACUUUGGCCGAGGAGAAGCCAUUCAGUGCGAAUUGUUUAAAUAUUUCUCUGGUGGAAAUUUUUCGAAAAAUUAGUUUGCUACUAAUUCUUCUGUCAGAAAAGAACUUGAAUGAGCAGCACUUUUGCAACAAUAGUACUUUGCAUAUAUGUGGGUUGUAUUUAUAUAAUAAUUUACUAUUCUAUCUGUUUAUGUUGCUCGGUAAAAAUAAAAUAUUUUUUACCUACCUGUUUUGGGGCAAAUUGCGAAAGGCGUACGAGUUGCUUCAGGAGGAGGAAGGUGCACAUUUAAGCGACAUGGAUGAUGUUGUUUCGAAUUAUUCAUUUAGUAAGUUUGAUGAAAUGAGUGGCACCAGCAGAGAAUGCAACAAUGGCGAUUUUGUUUUUCUGGACGAUGAGUUUUUGGAAGGGAAUUGCACAGACGGGGUGGGUUAUGCCAUGGGUGAUGCUGUGGGGGAUUGUGCGGACGACGCGUCAGUGGAUGACCCGGAUGCGGAUCAAGGGGGAGGCAUAUACGUAGAGGUGGAUGAGGAGGAAAAUGAAAAAAAUGCACACACAAGUGAGGACACGAUGCAAAAUUACUCAAUGAACCCGAAAAGCCUUUCGAGCGACCUCUCAUUUCAGAAAAGCGAUCUAAACGACAGCAUGUAUGAGACAGAGACAAAUGGCGAAAGUUGGAAGGGGGAAGUUCUUUUCUACAAGGAGAUGAAAAAUUAUUUCCUGAACAAGAAAAAAAAAUUAAAAAGUAGGAGGAAGAAAAAGAAAAAGAAUAAGGAAAGUAAUACAAAUAAGUGCAGUCAUCUCAAUGGUGGUAGUGGGGAUAUUACCAAGAACGUGCAUAGCAAUGACUCCUCUCAUAGGAACAUCAACGGGGGGGAUGUAAACCAAAGUAGGGAGAAUAAAAUUGUUAAGUUAUUAAACACGGUUUAUUUUAACAUAUUCCUUUUGAAAGACAAAAAGAAUGAACACAUAAAAAUGUUACUAAAAACGCUGAAAUCUAUAAACCAUAAUUUAGUUCUGAACGAUUCCGAGAGUGAAUACCACAAGUAUACAAUGUUGCUGAUGUUACAGAAGAAGAGAUACAUUUAUCAAUCCCUCUCUCUGUACGUUUUUAUGGACAUACAGGAUUUUUUCGCUAUUUUGGUGAGGGAAAAUAUAUUGGGUUCCAUCAUCGAUGAGUGGUUAAAUGAUAUAUUUUAUAUCUACCAAAAUUCGGACGACCUGAAGUAUUUCAUUUUUGCCUUUUCCAACAUAUUGAUAUAUCUGUGUAUGUAUGAGCAGAAAAAGAGGGAGUUGGCUGGUUGCGCUUCCGGGGGUGAGGAAGAAAAGGGCUUUCGAUUCCUCAAAAGUUCCAGCACUACCAACAGUAGCAUGAACAACUUUGACACCAUUUUGAGAGAAAUAAAAUUGGAAUUUUUCGAUGAAUAUGCCAUAGCACAGCUGAGGGAAAGACUACCUCGAAUUAUCAACGCUGUGGUGAAUGUCUUUUUGAUUCUUCCUAUACCGUAUGAGGAGAACGUUAAAGUGUUUAAGAAAAAUAUACUUCGGAGAUUAGCCCCCAUCUGCGGUGAAGGAGACAACAUCGAAAACAAUAAUUUGCUAAAAUUUAACAGUGACAACAGUGCUACGGAUAACUUGAGCGCAACUUUCAAGGAAAUCCAUUUCAAUGAUUUACUUCAAAAUAUUGAAUUCAUGCAUUUGAAUAAGUAUGAACAGAAGUUUUACGAGAGGAACCAGAAUUCAUUAAAAUUUUCCUACGACAAUGUGGUUCAUAUUAACAAAUCGGAGGACUUAAUCCUUUAUGAUAAGAAAAUAUCAAUCAACUAUUAUUUCCAAAGUAGCAUACAUGAUGAUUUUGUGAAUAGGCUCGUUUCCGAAUGCAAUGAUGAGCAUUUUAAAAUAGCUCUGUAUGCACGGAAAGCCUUUUCCUUACUAAAUCAGGAGUUCUUUUCGAAUGAUGAUUUGAUCGGUAUUCUUGGCUGUUCUGAUAAGUAUUACAACUUUGUGAAUGUCAUUCGGCUGGACAUAUGA